CGCCCGGAAGCUUUUGCUUUCUUUGACGCAAGGGCUCGGGACGCAGCCGCCGUCGGCCGAGCGCCCGGCGAGGAACGACCCCAGGCAGAGCCUUCGGAGUCCCUCCUCCGCCCCUCCCCCACGCCGCCUGGUCUCGGAGCCUCAGUCCUCCUCGCCGCCCUCCUCGUGGCCAUGGAGUGUCCGCACCUGAGCUCCAGCGUCUGCAUCGCCCCGGACUCAGCCAAGUUCCCCAACGGCUCCCCGUCGUCCUGGUGCUGCAGCGUGUGCCGGUCCAACAAAAGCCCCUGGGUCUGUUUGACUUGUUCAAGUGUCCACUGUGGAAGGUAUGUGAAUGGCCAUGCAAAAAAACAUUAUGAAGAUGCACAAAUACCCUUAACCAACCAUAAGAAAUCAGAAAAGCAAGAAAAAGCUCAGCACACAGUGUGUAUGGAUUGCAGUAGCUACAGUACAUACUGUUAUCGCUGUGAUGAUUUUGUGAUUAAUGACACCAAGCUGGGACUGGUACAGAAAGUCAGAGAACACUUACAGAACUUGGAAAACUCAGCUUUCACAGCUGACAGGCAUAGGAAAAGAAAACUUUUGGAAAACUCAUCACUGAACAGCAAGUUACUAAAAGUAAAUGGAAGCACCACUGCCAUUUGUGCCACAGGCCUUCGGAAUUUGGGGAACACGUGUUUCAUGAACGCCAUCCUUCAGUCACUCAGUAACAUUGAGCAGUUUUGCUGUUAUUUCAAAGAACUGCCUGCUGUGGAGUUAAGGAAUGGGAAGACAGCAGGAAGGCGAACGUACCACACCAGGAGCCAGGGGGACAACAACGUGUCUUUGGUGGAAGAGUUUAGAAAGACACUCUGUGCAUUAUGGCAAGGUAGCCAGACUGCAUUUAGCCCAGAGUCCUUAUUUUACGUUGUUUGGAAGAUUAUGCCGAAUUUUAGGGGCUAUCAGCAGCAGGACGCUCAUGAGUUCAUGCGCUACCUGUUAGACCACCUGCACUUGGAACUCCAGGGCGGUUUCAACGGUAUUUCCCGCUCAUCAAUUCUGCAAGAGAAUUCUACUCUGUCUGCAAGUAACAAAUGUUGCAUAAAUGGAGCAUCUACAGUUGUCACGGCUAUAUUCGGAGGCAUUCUCCAAAAUGAGGUUAACUGCCUCAUAUGUGGGACAGAAUCUAGAAAGUUUGAUCCAUUCCUAGACCUUUCAUUAGAUAUUCCAAGUCAGUUCAGAAAUAAGCGCUCUAAGAAUCAAGAAAAUGGACCAGUUUGUUCAUUACGAGAUUGUCUUCGCAGUUUUACCGACUUAGAAGAACUUGAUGAGACAGAGUUAUAUAUGUGCCACAAGUGCAAGAAGAAACAAAAGUCCACUAAAAAGUUUUGGAUUCAGAAACUACCCAAGGUGCUAUGCUUACAUUUGAAAAGAUUUCAUUGGACAGCAUAUUUAAGAAACAAAGUUGAUACAUAUGUAGAGUUUCCCCUGCGAGGCCUAGACAUGAAAUGCUACUUACUAGAGCCUGAGAACAGUGGCCCAGAGAACUGCCUCUACGACCUUGCUGCUGUGGUGGUGCACCAUGGUUCCGGGGUCGGUUCUGGACAUUACACAGCAUAUGCAACUCACGAAGGUCGCUGGUUCCAUUUCAAUGACAGUACUGUAACACUGACUGACGAAGACACCGUUGUGAAGGCCAAGGCCUACAUCCUGUUUUAUGUGGAACGCCAGGCCAAAGCUGGGUCGGAUAAACUUUAAUACCUCCUCCAAAUCAUUAUUCGUCAACUAUACCGGACAAACAUUUCCAAUUUUCCAUAAAUACUUGAUCCAAGAUUUAAUUUCAUUAUGCACUUUUCAGUUUCCUAUUUUGGGUUUAGUUUUAUUUUGUCAAUGGUAGUGACUUAUUGAACAUGGGCACCAACUAAUUUUUUUUUUUAGUUCUACCAGAAAACCUCA